UCACAUCUGUGCGGGUGGUGCCGCUGCGGAUCUGCAUGAAAAUCCAUGCAGCCGCACCACCCGCACAGAAGAAUGCGGACCCGCGGGUGGGUGCCAUUAAUUCUAAUGGCAUGCCGUCCACACUGGAAAACACAACCGUACUGGGAACCGAGGUUCCCGUGCUGGCUGCGUUUUCAAAAGAAGUGCAGGAACUUUUUCCCCACGUGUCACGGGGCAUGGGAGUCCAUUCAAAUGAAUGGGCUCUCGUGCCCGUGCAAGACGCGGCCCGCAGAGCCGCAUAGAUGUGAACCAGGGCUAAGUAUUCAAGAGCACCAAAGCGAACUGCCAAUAUUUCUGGACAGCUUGCCUGGAGUAUGAAAAGGGCACAGAUGCUUCC